GAGCGUGUUUGUACCCUUGCGCACACGGUAGGGGCUGUUGAUUCCGACGGGGACGCAUACUUAUAUAUACGCACGUAUAUAUAUAUAUAUAUAUAGAUAUUUUCAUUUUAUUUUCAAGUUAUUAUUCUCGUUUAUCUGCGCCGCAACAAGUUCGUGUCUUCGCCGUCUUUGGGGCGCAGCAACAAGUCUUCAGAUUGCACAAGUCAUCGUCACCGCCAUCACCUCCGUUGACGCCGAGACACGCCGCAGUCGUCUUCCUGUAUCGUAUUUGUAAUUUAUCAUAGAAGCCAUCGUCAGUGAUAAGCCAAAAAUCGUAAAUACACAAUGAGGAUUUUGACUAUCGCCUGGAUUUUGGUGGUGGUCACGUGGUGCUGCGACAGCGCCGUUAUCUACGAACCAAUGGUUCAAAACACCCGAUACUACGAGCCUAGAAUUCAGGAUUUGGAGCUUCUCGACAAAAACUUUUUUGAUAUGGCUUCGAUCGAAAAGAAGAACGGUGCAAUGCAAGGCGAGUCACCGAGAAGUCGUCCUAGUUUGUCCAUCGUCAACUCUCUAGAUGUGCUCCGACAAAAAUUAAUGUAUGAGGUGGCACGGCGACACGUAGAUGAGAACCAAAAAGUGCUAUCACAAAAUCACCAGAUACUGAAGAACCUUGGAAAGCGGUCAUUGUUUCCUUUUCUCGAAGUACCACGGAGGUUUUAAAGGAAACUAUUUGGAAUUCGAUGAUUUAACAGCGUUAUUAUUUAUGAAUAUUUUAUUUAAAAUGCAAUAUAAUUAUUUUAUUUGUUUACUUUACCUAAUAUCGUAGACAGCCAAAUCAUUGUUAUUUUAUUUUCAAUUUAUAUAUUAUAACAUGUAUUUCCAGUAUAUAAAAAAUAUAUCUAGUAUAAAUAUAUUAUGUCGUAUAUAUUAUACAUUUCAAAAAACUCAAUCCACGGGCAUUAUUCACCAUAAUAUUAUUAUACAUACUUGUUCCCAAAAAUCAACUUUCAGUAUUCUAUAUUUAAAUUUAGUUUCUUUGUAUUUUUUAUUUUUUAUUAUUAUUAUUUUUAAUUUUUAAAUAAUUAAAAAAUUAAUUAGAGCAUCGUAAAGUGAUUUAAUACCUGUUAUUUUUUAAUAAAAAUAUAUUAUUAUACUAUACAGGA